AGAUAUGAGUUUUUUUCUUUUCUUUCUCAGAUGAAGACAGACAUGGCUGCUAGAACGUCCCAAGAUUUCUCCUCCAAGAGGCACUUCCACUGGACAAAAAAGGUCGGUGAUGAAGAAUCUGAAGCUCCCACUUCAGAAUCAAUCUUAAAAAUGAUUGAGGAAGAGGAAAUCAAGGAGGAUAAUGACAAGAAUCCAGGAUCAGCAGCUACAUCACAACAAGCGGCAGCAUCAAGACGGAAGCUUCAAGCCAUUGCAAUCUCAAGGCUUCGAUCCAUUCUCACCAAGUUUGGUAAGAACCGUUCGAGCCUGCCCUUUGGCCUAGGUCCCAGAGUUGUAGGAACCCUCUUCGGCUAUCGACGUGGCCAUGUACAUUUCGCAUUCCAAAAGGAACCCACUUCACAGCCAGCCUUCUUGAUCGAGCUUGCCACACCAAUUAGUGGUCUUGUUCGUGAAAUGGCAUCUGGGUUAGUUCGAAUCGCUCUGGAAUGUGACAAGGAGAAGAAGGAAGAAGGGAAGAAAGCUGGGAGAUUGCUUGAAGAACCAGUAUGGAGGACGUACUGUAAUGGGAAGAAAUGUGGGUUUGCUACAAGAAGAGAAUGUGGACCAAAGGAAUGGGAUAUACUGAAAGCUGUGGAGAAAAUUUCAAUGGGUGCUGGUGUUUUGCCUGCUGAAUCUGGAUCUGAUGCUGCUGGUGAAGGUGAAGUCAUGUACAUGAGGGCUAAGUUUGAGAGAAUUGUGGGGUCCAGAGAUUCUGAAGCUUUCUACAUGAUGAAUCCAGACAGCAAUGGAUCUCCUGAGCUCAGCAUAUACUUGCUCAGAGUCUAGCAUCAAUGGAAGCUCUGUUUUAGCCACUUAGUUAAUUUCCCCUUUUUUUGAAACACCAAGCAUCCAUGGAGGCCUAGUCUUCUCCAAGUUCCUUUUUUUUUUUUUUUUUAGCCCUUCUCUUCUAUCUCUCUGUUUUUAUUUUUCCUUUCUUAGAUUAGUAUGAGAAGUGGACUUACUGUGUCGGAAGGGGGGUGGAAAAUGGUGGAUGAUUAGUAUACUUUACAGCAUGGUGAUGUGGGUCAUGAAAGGGUGUCUAUGUAUAGUUUCUUCUUUCCCAAUCCUUUUUCAAUUAGUGAUCAGACAAAAAAAGUCGUUGCAAA